AUGGGAGCCGCUGUGGCCUGCUGGGCGCACGGACGAAGCGGUGGCCUGAUCCUGUGCAGUCCUGUGGUGGAGGGUCCUGAACAGUUUCAGGAUCGUGGACGAAGUCAUACAGUAGCGGAAGUCGAGAAACCUCCGCAUUUUAGCGGUGGAAAAGCCCAGAAAAUAAAUGCUAAGCUUCAUGAUGGAGUGUGUCAGCAUUGCAAAGGUAUCUUGGAGUGGCGGGUAAAAUUCAGCAAGUACAAACUACUAUCAAAACCUAAAAAAUGUGUGAAGUGCCUCCAGAAGACUGUAAAAGAUCCUUACCAUAUUAUUUGUCGACCAUGUGCUAGUAAACUAGAAGUUUGUGCUAAAUGUGGAAAAGAAGAAGAAAUAGUAAUUCCGAUUGAUAAAGGACAAGACAGAACUGAGAGUGUGACUGUUAAAAAUGGCCAAGAGACCAGUGCUUUGGAGGACGAGCUGGAUUUUGAUACAAACUUUGGCAGUACAGACAACGAUGAAGAUUCUGAUGUGCUUGAAGAACAUUUUAAAAGUAUGAGUUUUGAAAGGACGGCAAUCUAA